UCUGCGUCACGCCACCACUGCACUGCCACCGCUCACGCGCACCACUGCGAACGCCGAGAUCCGAGCCGAGACACGGGUGCUGGAUUUCGGGUCUCCUCAGAGCCGUGCUGCGGUCAUCAUGGCUCUCUACCACUAUGUCACGCAAGAACAACUCUCAGGUUUUGAUAAAUACAAGUACAGCGCUGUGGAUUCAAACCCCCUUUCUAUCUACGUCAUGCACCCUUUCUGGAACUCAGUGGUGAAGGUCUUACCCACAUGGCUUGCCCCAAACCUCAUCACAUUUACAGGGUUCAUGUUCCUGGUACUCACCUUCACCAUGCUAUCCUUCUUCGACUUUGACUUUUAUGCCUCAGGUGAAGGCCACACGCAUGUGCCAAGUUGGGUGUGGAUUGCUGCUGGUUUGUUCAACUUUCUAGCUUAUACCUUAGAUGGUGUGGAUGGAAAACAGGCACGGAGAACCAACUCCAGCACUCCUCUGGGUGAACUGUUUGAUCACGGUCUGGACAGCUGGGCCUGUGUAUUUUUUGUUGCCACAGUGUACUCUGUCUUUGGACGGGGUGAGACGGGGGUCAGCGUGGUGACACUCUAUUAUCUGUUAUGGGUCGUCCUGUUUUCCUUCAUCCUGUCUCACUGGGAGAAGUACAACACUGGAAUUUUGUUUCUGCCCUGGGGCUACGACAUCAGUCAAGUGACUAUCUCCAUCGUCUACAUUAUAACAGCAGUAGUUGGAGUGGAAACGUGGUACAAACCUGUGUUUCUGAACAUUCACUACAGAGAUCUCUUCACUGUUAUGAUUAUCGGUUGUUUAUUUGUUGUAACUCUGCCAAUGAGUCUCUACAAUGUCUUCAAGGCGUAUCGUAACAACACCUUGAAGCACAGUUCACUGUAUGAGGCCUUGUUGCCGUUUUUUUCUCCUGUGCUUUUAUUCGUGCUGUCUACACUGUGGAUCAGUUUCUCUCCAACAAACAUCGUCCAGAAGCAGCCCAGGAUCUUUUAUCUCAUGGUGGGAACGGCCUUCUCCAACGUUACAUGCAAGCUCAUUGUGUGCCAGAUGAGUAAUACUCGAUGUAAGCCACUGAGCUUGUUGUUGUUGCCGAUGAGCAUCGUGGUGCUGCUAGUGAUUUCUGGGACUGUGCAGGGAGGAGAAUCGCUAGUCUUGUUUAUAUGGACUGCUGUAGUCCUGCUCACUCACAUACACUACGGAGUCUCGGUUGUGAAGCAGUUGAGCGAUCAUUUUAACAUAUUCGCUUUCUCACUAAAAAAGCCCAAUUCGGACUGACAGGACGAGGAGAAAAUCGGCCUGAAGGCUGCUGAGGUCUAAACUGUCCCAGCAUGUCUUUCAGCCAGCCGACUCUCACCAUUCACCAAGUAGACACUGUUAACACCAGGAAACCAAAUUGUACUGACCAAACACGCCUUUUUAAUUCUGAGGAUGCUGCUAUAUCAGCAGGAGGACGGAGCUGCACCACAGGGCCCACUGAUCCCUGAGACAGAGCUGUGCCACAGGCCUCAUCCAGCCCUAAGGCACCACGGUGCCCACUGUGCCCAACAGCAGAGCUGCGUCACAGGACAUCAUGGGCACAAUUACACCAUGGGACUCAAUAGCACAGAAACGCAGGACCCACUGAGCCCAGGACCUACAGUGCCUCGACUUGCUGCCGUGUAACUCGGCCCGUUCCUCCCAGAAAGAGCCGUAUUGUGUUGCUCGCUCCAAGUGGAGACUGUGUGGUUGUCUGGUAUCCGUGAAGCUGGGGAUUGUGCUUGUUUCCUAAGGAAAUGUGCUUUUCAGCUGAGAUACUAGAAGCCUUGAAUGGUUAAUCUCAUUUAUACACUCGCUCUCAGAUGAGUCACUCUCACUCCCAAGCCACAUGAUCCACACACACACACACACACAGGAUGGGAUGAAUGUCUUUAGCUUAUUCGAUUUUAUUUACAUUUAAUUUUUGCCUCAAUUUAGAUGAAAACACUUUUUAAGAAGUACUAUCCAGUGUUGUCAAAGCAUAAUGAGGCUACGAAUUGCGUUUCUAUAAUGAACAAUGUACGUAAACUGGGAAAACGGUUUAAUUUUCAGUUCAUCUGAUGCUUAUUUAUAUGUAUGAGGGAACAGGGAUGUUUGAUUGCUUAUUUAAAACAAUGGUGCUGUCGCUGAUCUUUAUAUAGAAUUGUAGUAAUGACACCUAAACGACCACAUAAUCAGCUAAUAACAUCACACACAAUUCAAAACACGAGCUCAUCUGACAGAAUGAAUUUGUAUAACCACUUUAUUUGGGAUUUGUUUUUUUUUUGUUUUGUUUUCAUUCUUACACUGGUGAUGGUGUGUCUGCGUGCCGAUUUUCAGUUUCUGUUGUGUCUGUUUGUUUGUUGUGUUGCUUCACUAGUAUGCUUUUAUUGAGUUUAUUUGUGCUUAAAUGAAGAGUGCGCUUCAAACCCAGACCAGGAGAGGGCGCACUUGGAGUGAGCGAGUCAAACCUUGCUCCGUUCUUUAAACACGAUAAAAGCACUAGUCUGUGUGCCACCAACAUGUCUGUUAUCUACAGGUGUCACGACCUGUCAACCUCAUUCCAGUUGUCUUUUUUUUUUGUCUACGUAUCAGUUUCUGUUUGGUGGACUGAGGCUUAGAUUAUGGGGAUUUUUUUUUUAUUUGUUUACUUUCAGUGGUGUGUCUGAGUUGAAUGUAUGUGUGUGUGUGAAUAUAAAUAUAUAGCAUAGGUCCCAAACUCAAUUAUUGGAGGGCCGCAGAUUUAACCCUAAACAAACAGUGUCUGCAACUAAUAAAGGUGUUCAAAACUCUUAUGAUCACCUCGAUUAUUUGGAUCAGCUGUGUUUGAUUAGGGUUGAAGCAAAACUGUGCAGAGCUGUGGCCCUCCAGGAAUUGAGUUGGAGACUUAUGAUAUAUAGGAUGAUUGUGUGUAUACACACAUAUGUACUGUAUGUAUAUAUAAAUAUCUAUCUAUCUGUGUAUGUUUUACGCUAUACACUCUGGAAACCUCAUGCCUGUUUCUGUGAGAAGCAGAUGUUUAAACAUGUACAUUCUAUUCAAUUGGUAUAACAUUGCUUUUAAUUUUUUUUAAAAAUCUCAAUAAUAGUUUAAAUACCUAUUUGUCAUUCUCCAACACCUUUCGUUUCACAGGAAACCCGAAAUAUGGAUGAAUAGUGUACAUCAUCUGUCAUACUGUCAUAUACAAAGUGUAUUUUAAAAUGUUAAUAUCUAAUUACACUUCUGCAGUAGAUUAUUUGAUGAAGGACAUUGUGAUGAUGCAUUCCUAAGGGCACUCCUGCAAAAUGUUAAUUGUUUGUUUGUUUAGCCAGCAGAUGGCGCUUUAUUUCUUCGUUUGUAGUAUAGAGUGUUUGCUUAUAGAGUCUGAUGGUGGCUCCUCUGAGGUCAAAUGUACUACACAAAUUAUUAGCGCACAGCAUCAGAGGAUGCAUUACUGUCAGAAGUAUACUUUUUUUUCUUUUUUUUUUGUGUUACUGUCAAUAUUUUUAAGCAUCCCAUGUGAGGAGCAGGAGUACUCUUGUUAAAGGGAUAGUUCAGCUAAUGUUUAUUAAGCCUCAAGUUGUUCUUAUUUAGGUUUCUUUAUUCUGUUAAAACACAAAAGAAGUUAUUUUGAUAAAUCUUGGUAACCAGAUGCUUGACUUUAUCUAUUGAGUCCCAUGGGGAAAAGGGAGCAUGAGGGAGCUCCAGGAUUAUUUCUAGAAAUAUCUUUGUUUGUGUUCUGAAGAUGAUAGAUGGUCUCUAGAUUGGAAUUUAUCUAUUGAGUUCUAUGGUAGGGGGAAAAAGGGAGUCAAUGGAUUUAUGUCAACUGUUUGGUGCCAAGAUUCUUUCAAUUUUGUAUUUCUUUUAUUUUAAAAAGAAACAAAUUGUACAGUUUUACAACAACUUUGUGGUCAGUAAAUGAUGAGUACAUUUUCAUUUUUCAUUGAACUAUCCCUUUUAGUGCUGUGUAACUGCAUUUGUGUGAUGCUUUGGCGAAUAAGAAACUACAGUAUAUACAUUGUUUUUUUUUUUUAAUCUGAAGUGGGAUUAAAACACUCAAACCUCUGCAUAUUGUAAAACAAAAUCCAGCCAUGUUGUAACAUUAUCUGUUGCUGCCCCAUUAAAUGUAAGCGUAUCCACAGUA